AAGCAGCGCUAAUCUAAUUGUCAAAAUACGUGUCCUAUUGGGGUGGUUUUCGUGUUAUCUAAAUUUAAUGGCUUAAUGGAUUAAUAGAUACGCAUACUAUCUAGGAUUGGGAGAAAAAAUUCACCAUUUGAUUAGUUAAAAUAAUUGAACUUUGCGCAAUCUAGUCUCGCCGGAGUACAGUACACAAAGCAUUUCUCAAUCCUAUCCCGAAGAACUGAUUACCACUGAAGUCGUUGCCGAAACUAAUGCAAAAUGUCUCAACUUGUAAAAUCUGGCUUAAGUUAUUUCGUUAAUGAUAAAUGUAUUCACGGUUAUGUGGAUGAUUUUGACUUCCUCAAUGUUAUCUGCUUUAAACAACUUCUCAGCAAAUGUCUCGGCUAUGGAAUUAUCGCGGGUUCUCUUUUGGUUAAAGUACCACAAGUGAAGAAAUUGUUAAAUAACAAAUCCGGUGAAGGUAUCAACUUGAUUAGCGUUCUCCUAGAUUUAACUGCUAUAACGUCUCAUAUGUCUUACAACUAUGUCAAGGGUUACCCAUUUAGUGCUUGGGGAGAUAGCACUUUUUUAGCGUUCCAAACUGCAAUAAUUGCCGCUUUGGUUCUUUACUAUGGUGGUAAAAAAGCUGUAUCAUUCCUUUUUUGUAUUGUCUAUGCGCUCAUAGUAUACGUACUUAAUGGCGGCUUCACACCUAUAAAUGUUUUGAUGGUGGCGCAAGGCUUUAAUAUACCUAUUCUUCUCCUGGGCAAACUAUCACAAGCCUGGACCAAUUAUAAAAACUCUUCAACGGGUCAGUUGUCUGCAGCGACUGUAUUUUUAUUAUUUGCUGGUUUAUUAGCACGUAUCUUUACAUCCGCCCAGGAGACCGGAGAUCUAAUGAUUAUUCUAACAUUCUGCUUCUCAACGUUUGCAAAUGGUGUUAUUGCUGCCCAAAUGUUGUACUAUUGGAAUAAACCCGCCAAAGGAAGAAAAGAUAAAGGCGGCAAACCUACAACGAAGGCUGAUGGUGCAGCUAAAAAGACGAGGAGCAAAAAAAUUGACUGAAUGAAAGAGAUAAUAAUCUAGCGUUGAUUCCUUGUUUAAAAGGAAGCUGAAACUAAUUUGCAAAAUAGAAAAGAUAGCGUCUAAUUAGAAAACGUGAAUUUUGUAAUGAUUUUGAAAUAGUGUUAAUUUUGUUGAUGGAAAUAAAGGUAAACUAUGAAGACCGCA